AUAGGGGAGGCUUGCACCAACAUGAAGCAUGAGUACAAUUAGUUCUUCAAUCACUUGUUUGCCAGAUUCCUCAAGGGGGAUGGCUCUGGGGACCCGGGCACCUACCUCUUCAAGCGCUACCAGCAGUGUGUUCAGAAAGCAAUAAAGGAGAAGGAAAUUCCUAUUGAAGGACUGGAGUUCAUGGGUCAUGGCAAAGAAAAGCCUGAAAGCUCUUCUUGACCUUGACAGUCACCUUGAAAAUGGACUCCUCAAAUCAGGAAGUUGAGAACUCUGUAUCGUGUCCAUUAAAGCUGUGAAGAUAACAUCGAUUUGAUGCA